UAUUUUAAAAACACUGUCAUUUCCCGCCAUUUCCUCUUUCUCCGUCCCCCUCUAACGGUCACUCUUUGUGGAGAAAAUGGCACAGAGGACGAAAAGAGAGGAAGUAAAAAGGAAAGGACAAAAUAGAAUGGAGGGGGAAUCAUCCAACAAAGAUGUCUACGGCUUAUAUGUACAACACAGUUCGCUGAGUAACGGUCAAAAUUAGAUCGAUUUCCAAAGAUCGUUGUUUUCAUACUUCAAUUCUUCGAAAAACAAAGUCCUGGAAUAUGUCGACAAGUACGUUAACCGACGAGGAGAACGAAGAAUAUGUCACAGAAAAUCCGGAAGGAAUUAACAACCGUUCCUCGGCCUUAUUAAAAACUGAAAAUGAAAAAUACCGGCAGGAAAUUCAUAAUUUAAAACGAAAACUCGAACUGAACGAGACAAUGCUGCGAGAGGUUCAAGAAGCAAACGAAAUGCUUGAACGCACCCUUGAUCAACGUGUCUUAGAAAAAGAUAAAAUUAUUUCCACGAUAGAAGAAAAACAUCGCGCGACUGUGCACGAUUAUGAACGCACGAUUUCCGAUCUUGAAACGACAAUAACGAAACAAACGACCGAAAUAGAAGAACUCAAACAACACUUGAAUCAGAAAGAAGCCGAACCCCUAACGACCACUACCGAUCAGAUUUUAAAUGCAUCGUUCGAAGCUGCCAAUGCUUCCUUAAACGAUCAAAUCAAUGAACUUUUAUCGAUCAUUCAAGAAGAAAGGAAACAGUACAAAUGCGCUGAAGACGCGAUCGAAAAAUUGCAAAAUCGGUGCGACGAACUUGAAAGUUAUUCUAAUAAUAUGAAAGAACGAUUAGACGAGAAAACUAGAGCGUUAGACGAUGCACGUGCAGAACUUGCUUUGAGGCAUACGGAAACAGCAGCCUUAGAAGCGAUUCCUACGCGCGACGCGUGUAAAGGUAAUUCACUGUUUGCCGAAGUGGACGAUCGUCGGCGAAAUGUGACAGACAAAAUGAACGCGUUACGAGAGAAAUAUACGGAAAUAAAACGUGUAUGUAAAUCUCAAGCUACAGAGAUCAAAAUGCUGAGAGCAGAACGUGCUGCAGCCUACAGAAAGUGGGAAAACGAUGCGGAUCAGGUAUCGGCUGUAAACGAUGAAUUGAUUCAAAAAUACAAGAACAGAAUAUCGGACCUUGAGAGCAAAUUGAAAUUGGAAAUCAAGAAGAACGACGAUACGAAAAAAGAGGACAGUGGCGACGUAGUAUCCCUCCAAUACUUUCAGACUCUGAUGUACACUAAAAACAAAGAAAUGGAUCAGCUGAGAGUAAAAAUUGAAGAUCUUUCUACAAAGAUGUUGGUGCAAGAAGAAACAAAAAUGAACACUAUCAAACAGUUGCAGUAUUGGCGGCAUAAAGCGACUACUUUAGAGGCUCAAGUUGCUGCUCUACAAGCUGAGGCGAAAUCGGACGUCACAAAUGAUGCAGAUUGUACAAUUUCAAAUGAAUAAAAUCUCCCGCCUAUAAUCAUAGCGACGAAUAACAAAUAUAAAUUCGUCACAAAGAGAUUAAACUAUUUAUUAUUAGGAAGCAAACAUCUGUUUGGUAGUUAUUGAAAGAUAACGAAAGAUCUAGUUCUAAUAAAUCUGUGGAAAUUGUGUUGUUUAUCGAGUAUUGAAUAUCAUAUUUUUGUAAAAUCUAUGAGUAUUGUUACAAGCAUUUUAUAAAUACUGUUAUGAUA